GGAUAUGACUAAGCCAGACUUUUGUACUCUUCCCAACGAGUUUAUCCCCGCCAGUCAAAAUUAUCCUGCGCUAUAGUACAUACCACAACCACACGUUCCCUACUUCAAAAGUCACAGCCGUCUACAUCACUUCUUCAAUCCAUUCCCAAAAUAUCAGCAAGAUAUCAUGCAGGCGAGCUCGCAUGUCGCAGCUGGCCUUGCUCUGGCAGGUGCUUUGCUGACUGGUGUUGACGCUGCUAUUCAGGCGGUAACUCGUAAUGGAAGAUACCUUUAUACCGCGGACGGGAACAGGUUUUAUAUCAAAGGUGUAGCUUAUCAGGAGCAAGGUGCGGUAGUCGCGAGCGCAAGCAAUCCCUUUCUUGAGCCAUCUACUUUCAUCGAUCCCCUGUCCAACGGCACUACCUGCACCCGUGAUCUUCCCUACUUGCAGGAGCUUGGUGUCAAUGCUAUCCGUGCCUAUAGCAUUAACUCAUCGUUGAACCAUGAUUCUUGCGUGGAAACAUUCAGUAAUGCUGGUAUUUAUACUAUCAUCGAUCUUUCUCUACCUGGAAAUGGUUCGAUGGACCGCGACGCGCCGUCCUGGACCACCAAUCUACUUGAUUUAUACAUUGAGACCAUCAACAUCUUCUCAAAAUACAACAACGUUCUGGCUUAUAACGUUGGAAAUGAAGUCGUCAUCGCAGCUAACGGCACCGCUGCUGCUACCUUCGUCAAGGCAGCUACUCGUGAUGUAAAAGCAUACCUGUAGGUUAAACCUGAAUCCCCAGAUACAUAUCACUACAAGGGCAUAUAAUAUGAUCAACAGACGUGCGUGCUGAUAUAAGCUUCACAAGACCAU